GGGAAUGACGUCAGGCCCCUGCGGGUCCACGCUCUCCGGAGCGCCAUGCUGGGCGCGGCAGGCGCGGGGCUCGUGCGGGGCCUGCGGGCAGGGACGCAGGUGUGGCUGUGGGGCUCGCGCGGCCGCUCCCUCACCUUGCCGCACGCGGCCCGUGGGCUCCACGCGGGAGACCGGCGGCCCUCAGCCGGGCGGGGGCCGCUCGAGCGGCGGCCGAGCCUGCCUGCGGCGGCGAUCGUGAACUCGGCGCCCCGCCCUCUGCAGCCCUACCUGCGCCUCAUGCGGUUGGACAAGCCCAUAGGAACCUGGCUACUGUAUCUGCCAUGUACUUGGAGCAUUGGUCUGGCAGCUGAACCAGGUUGUUUUCCAGAUUGGUACAUGUUAUCCCUCUUUGGCGCUGGAGCUGUUCUGAUGCGUGGCGCAGGCUGUACUAUUAAUGACAUGUGGGACCAGGACUACGAUAAAAAGGUUACAAGAACAGCAAGUCGCCCAAUAGCUGCUGGAGACAUUUCAACUUUUCAAUCCUUUGUUUUUCUUGGGGGACAGUUGACCUUGGCACUGGGUGUUCUUCUGUGUCUGAAUUACUACAGUAUAGCUCUUGGAGCAGCAUCCCUACUUCUUGUCAUCACCUACCCGCUAAUGAAGAGAAUUACAUACUGGCCUCAAUUAGCCUUGGGGUUGACUUUUAACUGGGGAGCAUUACUUGGAUGGUCUGCUGUCAAGGGCUCCUGUGAUCCAUCUGUUUGCCUCCCUCUGUACUUUUCUGGAAUUACGUGGACUCUAAUAUACGAUACUAUCUAUGCUCAUCAGGACAAGAGAGAUGAUGCUCUGAUCGGGCUUAAGUCCACGGCACUGCUGUUCCGUGAAGAUACCAAGCAGUGGCUCAGUGGCUUCACUGUGGCAAUGCUGGGGGCACUGAGCCUGGUGGGAGUGAACAUCGGUCAGACUGUGCCCUACUACACCGCUCUGGCUGCUGUCGGAGCCCAUCUGGCUCACCAGAUCGGUGCAUGUGUAAGCAGGACUUGCAUAACAUGGUAUGAAGGAAACUAAAAUCUGAUGUGCAUAAAGUAAACCACAUACUAUAUCACCUUCAUUGUUUUCCUCACCAGGAAAGCUAAAAGGUAUGAAUGAGUGAUUCUCCACAUUUCAGCAUUUUCCUCUUCAGAAUUUCUCAGCAUCUCCUUUUGGUCAUUACUCAGCUCCAUGGGAGUUGUUAUCAUCAGUUGAUUGUCUGAUUAGGAUAAUGGAUGUUUAGCAAUAUUUAAGCACCUGGAUACUAGCAGAGGAAGGCAAAAAUUAUGGGGAUAAUCACAAAUAUUAUAGGAAAUAUUUGGAACCCACUUUAUAUUCUGAAUUGCCUUUGUGGUCCUCUGCCUAGUCCUUGACACAAUACUUUAAGAUGGACAUAGUCUUCUAGUAUUUGGAGAAAGGAAAUCAUGAUGAUUUUAAGUCUGCAGGUCACAUAAUAAAGAAUAGUUGCGGGCUUCCGAUGCUUAAGUCCAGGGAAGCGUAAAACAGGGACAUGAGACUUUCUCGAUAUAUUUGCAGGACAGCUGUGGAGAAAAGAGAGUGUGUUUGGUCGCUACCUGCAGAUCUAGGAUUUUAGGUGCCCUUCUCUAUGUGGGGAUGGGAGGGAGAUUUUAACAUGUAUGGGGGUACUUCGGGGUAUCAUAAAUAAACUGGGGAGGGACCACUACAGGCAUUUAGUGAGCGAGGGCCAGGUACAUUAAAUAUCUCUUGAUGCAGCAGACAGCCCUGCAUAGUAGAGGGUUGUCCUGCCCAAAUGUAACUUGUUCCUCUGUUGAGAAACAUUGCUCCGAAGAAUAAAGCUAAACUGGAGGGUAGGAGUUGUAGAGAGCAGAUUUUAGGUCAAUCAGUUUAAGGAAGACGUUUCUAAAUAGAAUUAAAAAUAGCAUGUGUUGCCUCUCAGAGUGUUCCUGCACCCAUCAAGUGCAAGUUUUUAGCUUAGAUGAUAUCCAUUGAGAGAUAUGGUAGAUUUUUUUCUACGUUGGAAAACAAUCUGGGGUACAUUAAAGGCUUCCCAUUGCUUAAAAUUCUAUAACAAAGGGCUGUUAUCUUCUUUAUAUUGAUGUGUUUAUUUGUGAUGCCUAAAAGUCCAUACUGAGUUCUAACAUGGCAUGUAUUCUU